UCUACUUCCUUUCUUUCCUUAACAGCUGCAUUGCACGGGGAUAGCAAAGCAAUAUAACAGCAAAUUAAACACUGAAUCUGCAAGUCUAGUUUGGAGACCAGAACAAACAUGUCACACACAAUUCUGCUUGUCCAGCCAACAAAGAGACCAGAGGGGAGAACAUAUGCCGACUACGAGUCAGUCAACGAAUGCAUGGAGGGUGUGUGUAAAAUGUACGAGGAGCACCUGAAGAGGAUGAACCCCAACAGUCCCUCCAUCACCUAUGACAUCAGCCAGCUGUUUGACUUCAUUGACGAUUUGGCGGACCUCAGCUGUUUAGUAUACCGGGCGGACACUCAGACAUACCAGCCGUACAACAAAGACUGGAUCAAGGAGAAGAUCUACGUGCUGCUGCGGCGUCAAGCCCAACAAGCUGGGAAGUAAAGAUAGGAAGGGAAAGGAGCCAAGAGGUUGUCCCCUUUGCACAGCUCUAGGAUCAGUUUACUCCACCCUGAAAUGAAAACCAGUAGGAAGUAAAAAGCCCAAACUGAUUCGGGACCAGUACAUAGGGGCAACUUCAUCCUUGGCUUUUUGGUAGAGGUUGUAAAGAGGGAGGGGGACAGUGGCCCUUUUCGAAUACACAGCGUGCAUUCACCCUCCCUUGAGAUAAUCACAGAUCUAGAAGUGAUUGGAUAGAUGAGAGCAAGGUUAUCAACCUGUUGCUUUCACCAAUUCAACUGAAUCUGAUCAUUGAUUACUCCAAGGAAGGGAGGAAAGUAUUCGAACGGCGACAGUGAUCUAUGGGCGGGGAGACAAGCCUAUAAUUUGUUUGGGUCUAUUCUUUGUCGGAGUGGCUAAUUGAUUGAAGGACAAAUGUAUUGGUGAAGAUGGGUCUUUUGAACAAAAGAAACUAGACAAGGUUACAUGAACUAAAAACAGGACAACUAUUUUUGUAUUGUUUCUUUCAUUAAAUGUCCAUUUCUGUUCAAGGAAGAGGGUUAUGAGGAGUGUGACUUUGCUUUGUUUUUUUUAAAUUUUUUAUUUAUUUUUUUAUCCCAUUUUCUCCCCAAUUUUCGUGGUAUCCAAUCGCUAGUAAU